CUUUCCCCCUCUCCCUCUCUUCUGGGCUGCCGUUCGCCCUGGGGCUUCCGAGGGAGAGAGAGGCAGUGGAAGCGGGGCCAUGGCCCGGCUCUGGCUGGUCGCCGCCUGGAUGGGCCUCCAGCUUUGCUCGCUGGCGCUGGGUCUGGAGGUCUCGGUGGGCAAGGUGCCCAUCAUCUACACCCGCAACGGCACCGACGUGCUCCUGCCCUGCACCUUCACCUCCUGCAUCGGCAUUGAGAGGGCCAACUUCUCCUGGUUCCGCAACCACACUGAGCUGAUCCUCAAAGGAGUGGUGAAGAACAAGGACUCCAAGCCGGAGCCCUACCCAGAGUACAGGGAGGGGUACAAGUACAUGAUGCCCCCGGACAUCGCCCUCAGCAAGGACAACCGGGAGUUCAACAUCUCCCUCAUCCUCCUCGACGCCGACUUCAGUGACUCCGGGAAGUACACCUGCCACGUGAAGAACCCUAAGGAGAAGAAUGCCAUGCACAAUGACACCAUCACCCUCAAGGUGGUCGUGGAGCUGGAGAAAGUGGACAAGACACUCACUAUCAUCAUCGUCUCAGUUGUGGGCGGCGUCAUCGGCCUCCUCAUCCUCAUCAUGGUGGUGAAGAAGCUCACCCUCUUCAUCCUCAAGAAGAUGCGGGACAAGAAGGAGUGCCUCGUGAGCUCCUCGGCCAAUGACAACACGGAGAACGGUCUGGCCGGAUCCAAAGGGGAACAGAAGACUCCCCGCAAGGCCUGAGGCCGCCGGACCUGUGUGGCUCCGACCGACGUCCUCCCGCCGCCGCAGGAAGCAUUAGGGGCCUUGAGACUCUGGACGGAGGUGGGAAGGGACACGGGGACCACCUCCAAAGGACUGUCUGGCGUGGCUCCAGAAAGGACCCUGGACCGGAGCACUGUACCUGGUACUGCCUCUCAGAUAAGACUGCUGGCACGGGGCUUGCGGCCAUUCGGUGGCAGAGCUGGAGGGGGCUGUGGGUGGGUGGGCAUGUUCUCAGGUGGGUCUUGGGCCAGCUUGGAACCAGGGGCAGACGUGGCAGGGAAGUGCUGCCAAAACAGGUGGGCAGGUGGGCCAGGGUGCUG